CUGGGGUCGCGUCGGGAACCGGAGGCUUCCAGUCCGCCUGGCUCAGGGAUUGCUAAUGCAGUUUGCUCGCCCGGCCGAGGGCUCUCUCUCUGCUUGUUUGUUUUUUUUUUUCCUUAAGGGGUAGGCGAGUGUAAGGAAGGAAGGGGCGAUGCACAGAAUACUGACUGGACGUCAGCUGGAGCAUUUCUGACGCGGGGAGCAUAGUAGCAAUUCUAUUCUCUUCCUUCCGUUGCUUCAUCAGGUUGAGUUUGUUUCUGGAAUCUCCUCCCCCUUUAAUUGACUGGUGGGUUUGGCAGAAUCUGGCCUUUUUCUCUUUUGUUUUCUGAGGACGCGGCUCCAUCCCUGUGCAGGAUGGAAGUUUGGAAGUCUUGUGUACUUAGAAGAAGUGCGCGUGCCGCCGCCGCCGCCGCCUGCUUCUGGAGAAGCAAAGUUAGCCCAAAGCGACCAUUUAGAGAGAUUAGUACUACACCUGCCAGGAGCACGGUCAUGCCCGCUUGGGUGAUAGAUAAAUAUGGAAAGAAUGAAGUUCUUCGAUUCACUCAGAGCAUGUUGUUACCCAUCAUACACUACCCAAACGAAGUCAUUAUCAAAGUCCAUGCUGCCAGUGUAAAUCCUAUAGAUGUUAAUAUGAGAAGUGGUUAUGGAGCAACAGCUUUAAAUAUGAAGCGUGAUCCUCUGCAUAUAAGAACCAAAGGAGAAGAGUUCCCUCUGACUCUGGGUCGGGAUGUGUCUGGUGUGGUGAUGGAGUGUGGGCUUGAUGUGAAGUAUUUCAAGCCUGGAGAUGAGGUCUGGGCUGCGGUUCCUCCUUGGAAACAAGGCACUCUCUCAGAAUUCGUUGUGGUCAGUGGGAAUGAGGUCUCGCACAAGCCCAAGUCACUCACUCAUACUCAAGCUGCCUCUUUGCCGUAUGUGGCUCUCACAGCCUGGUCUGCCAUAAACAAGGUUGGUGGUCUGAACGCCAAGAAUUGCAUGGGAAAACGUGCGUUAAUCUUGGGGGCCUCGGGUGGAGUUGGCACGUUUGCGAUACAGAUAAUGAAAGCGUGGGGUGCUCAUGUGACAGCAGUUUGCUCUCAAGAUGCCAGUGAACUUGUAAGGAAGCUUGGAGCAGAUGAAGUCAUUGACUACACGUUGGGAAGUGUGGAAGAGCAAUUGAAGUCCUUCAAACUGUUUGACUUCAUCCUUGAUAAUGUGGGUGGAUCUACUGAAACAUGGGCUCUAAACUUUCUCAAGAAGUGGUCAGGAGCCACCUAUGUGACGCUGGUGACUCCUUUCCUCCUGAAUAUGGACCAGCUGGGCAUUGCUGAUGGCAUGUUGCAGACAGGCGUCACCAUGGGGACCAAGACAUUGAAGCAUUUCUGGCAAGGAGUCCAUUACCGCUGGGCCUUCUUCAUGGCCAAUGGUCCAUAUCUAGAUGAAAUUGCAGAACUGGUGGAUGCGGGAAAGAUUCAGCCAGUGAUUGAACAGACCUUCCCCUUUUCUGAAGUCCCAGAAGCCUUCCUGAAGGUGGAAAGAGGCCACGCCCGAGGAAAGACUGUGGUCAACGUCAUUUAAAUAAAGAUGCGUAUGUCGUGGGUUGUUGCUUUCCUGUCGCUGGGUGCCUAUGAUCCAGACAUCUAGCCCUCAAUAGAUACCAUGAAACGUAAAUCUAACUGGGAAAAAUAUGUUUAUAAACGUAAAUAUGCCCGGUGAGACAGCUUAGCAGAUAAAGGUUCUGGCAGUGUAAGCAAUGGCUGCCUGAGUGUAGUCCUGGAACCCACGUGACGGAGGAGGAGAGAACUGACUCACAGAAUGGUUCUCCGAUUUCUCCCCCCAUGCAUAUACCUCCACAAUGAUAAAGAAAAUAAUUAAUGUCAUGAUCUUUUUUAACGUUGGGGGGCGGGGCACAUGUGCCAGGGUGCACUUGUGGAUAUCACAGGGACUUUUCAGUGCUCGGUUCUUUCCUCCUGCUGUGUAGGUUCUGGGUAGAGCGCUAGUCCUUAGGCUUGGCGGCAGGUUCCUUUACCCGCUGAGUCAUGUCACUGGCUCAGUUAAAAAAAAAUUUUUAAGUAUGUAUUUUAAAAAAUACUUUUCAUAGCGGGGCAGUGGUGGUGCCUGCCUUUAAUCUCAGCACUUAAGAGGCAGAGGCAGGUGGAUCGCUGUGAGUUUGAGGCCAGCCUGGUCUACAGAGUGAGUUCCAAGAGAAACCCCAUCUCAAAAAGACUUUUAAAAUUAAUUAACAUACAGAAUAGUUUCUUCAUGGAAUUUCUGUAUCAGCUCCUGCACUUGCCUGCAGUCAGAAGUACAUAGUGUUUUGUUUUUAAUAUUUUUAUUUUGACAUGUGUAUGGGUGUUUUGCCUACGUGUAUGUGCACCACAUGGCAUACCUUGUACCUGUGGAUGUCAGAAGUGGGUGUCUGAUCCCCUGGAACUGGAAUUGACAGGUGAUUGUGAGCAGCCAUGUGGGUGCUGGGAAUCGAACCCAGGUCCUCAGGAAGAACAGCCAGUGCUCUUAACCACUGAGCCAUCUCUCCAGCCUCUGUGUGGUGUUUUUGUUUUCUUAAGCUGCUCUUCACCCAGCUUUGCAGAUUCCUGUGGCCUUCUUACAGCUCAAACCCCAUCAUCUUACCUUAAUGUGAGAUUCUAAAAUGUGUGGUGUAUAUAUGGAUGUUAGUGUGAAGAACUUAACAUUAAUUCCUUCUGAAAUUCAGCAGUGAUUAUUUUCCUACCUGGAUGCUAUAGGUUGGGUUGGGAACAUCUCCAAAGACCCAUGUGUGCAACAUACACACGCAACAAUGUUGGGAGGUGGGAGAACCUUUAAGAGUUAGGACCCAGUGGAGGAAGUGGAGAGGUGCCAUUGGAGGAGACAGCAGGGUCCAGUUCCUCCUGCCUCUGUGUCCUCAUCACCUGUAGGCAAGCCUGCUGGGCACUUUCUUGAUUGAUGAGCAAUGUGAAUGGCUCUGCCCACUGUGGGAGGUGCCAUCCCUGGGUUAGGUGGUCCUGGAGUAUAUAAGAAACCAAAAUGAGUAAGCUAAGAGGGAGCAAGCCAGUGAGCAGCACUCCUCCAAGACCUCUGCUUUAGUUCCGGUCUCCAGGUUCCUGCCUGCCUUGAGUUCCUGCCUGCCCUGACUUCCUGCCAUAAUGGACUGUAAUCUGAGAAGUGAAAUAAAUUUCCCCCAUGCCCCAA